AAAUCGCAGACCACCAGCACCACCGAGAAGAUAUGAGCCACGCAGUCCACGUGGACAACUGCAUCCUGGACUCCAAAGCCAAGAUGUGUCUGAAAGUGCCACCCGCUUACACCUUCCGAGACUACAGUGCACUGCUGUAUCUAAACGGAGACUUUGAAGGUGGCGAGUUCAUUUUUACAGAAAUGGACGGUGAAAGUAUUACGGCGACUGUCAGGCCUAAAUGCGGCCGCUUGGUGGGCUUCUCGUCUGGGGUGGAGAACCCCCACGGGGUUCGCGCAGUGACGAAGGGGCAGAGGUGUGCCGUGGGCAUGUGGUUCACACUGGAUCCGCUUCACAGGGAGCAGGAUAUGUUAAAGGUUGGGGAAAGGAUCCAGUUGUUAGUUAAUGAAGAUCAAUCAGCAUCGGAGGUAAAUUUAGGCAGCAGAGAAGAGCUGUAGUGGAUAUAAUUUAUUUUCGAAUGUUUAUCUUAAUGAAGUUUAACGUGAGGGCAUUUUACAGGACUGAGUAGACUGCAUGGCGUGAUACUGCUGCCAUAUUCCAGGACAGUAAUCCCACAUACAUACUGCUACACACAUUCAGGAGUGCGGUCUCGCUCACUAGGGCAAGGUCAGACUCCUCCUCUGCCUCCCCAGUCACCAGAUAUAAAAACCACAUUUCCAUCUCCUUCAUCCCUCGAACAAUCAAAGGCUUUUUCUUCGUUUUCUUCGUAUCUGCCAUUAUCUCACCAUGAACAGUUCAUGACCUUUAAAGAGCUUUUCAAGAAAAGUAGAGCUGUUGUGAAGACAUAGCAUGACCCCAUCCAUGUCCUUGAUAUUAAUGAAUGGUUUGGUGUUUCCAUUAUUUUAUUCACCCUUGUAUAAUAAGUAUCUGAAUCAGUAUAUAUUGAUUAGCGCACAAAUCCUAUAGAGUCCUAGAGUAGGGAAUGAAACAUACAGAACUGGUACAGAAAAUUUUAUUUUUGUAUAUUAAAAAAUGUUUAUACAGCCAUUACUUGUAUAUACAGGACAUGAUACAAAAUUAUAAAAAGAAACCAAAAUUAUAUUUGAUUACUGGGAUAUUUAAUUUUUUUUUUUUUUUGCACCAUUUUUUAAAUCUUAAUUCAUUCAUCUAUAUUUUUUAUUGCAUUGCUACCAUUUAGAUGCUUUGUUUGGACUGUAUGUGACCAUGUUUUUUUUUUUUAUCAUUUUAAUAACAUAAUAAUUUAAUAGGUUUGGCAGAGUUUUAAAAUGGUCUUUAUUUGAAAUUCAGGACAUGAUAUUGUGAAAAAUAAAAUGGCAUAUCACUGAA